UAUAUGUCAUUCGUUAAUGUUGUGAUAUUGAACAUCUGAUAAGAAUUAGAAAAUUGUGAAGUUUUGUAAAAAGAAUUUACCAUUGGUUAUGUUCUUUGAAGGAGUUGAAGAAUUAUAAAUAUUAAGUGGAAAUAUAUUAAGUGAAUAUUAUUGCUGUAACAGGAUAUGGUGUUUUCUAUAUAACAGGAUAAGAUUAUAUUUUGUUAACAUGAUACAAGUUUUCCUUUGGAGAAAAGUAAAUAAAGAGUACCUGGAUAAAGCGGGAAGUGUAAGAAAAAUAACACUUGAGGAAUUGGAUGUUGAAGGCAUUGCAGAUUUGUUUCCCCUCAUUAGACUGGGCUUAUCAGCAGUUAUAAUGAUUCAUUUCACUUCCUGAAUAGAUAAAGUAGAUUGAAUGAAGAGAUCGAAUUGCAAAAAGAUAAAAAUCUGGACACUCAUCAGAUCUUGUUUGGUGGUUCAGGGUGAUUUUGGACAAUUUGAAACUAAAACUAGAGAAAAUAUCAGUGAUAUAUGAUCUACAGAUAACUAAACAAGGGAGGAGUCAGCCUUGUUUAGUACAUGAUAUUACUAAUGCAAGAAGAGACAGGUUACUUAGUGUGGUUAACCAAAUUGUAUACAGUUUCAUUAUUGGACCCAUAAAAUAUUUGAGAUAAACCUUUCCUGAAUUAGUGGAGAGUUGAAGCAGUUGUGUGGUUUUAGAAAGAAACAAUGCACAGCUUGUCAUAACAAUGUAAUAAAGUGUAUCAGAAAAAGUUUGGUCUGGAUCUGCUAAAACAGCGUUGAUAUUGAUCUUUGACUAAAGAUUUUAAUUUCCGAGUCCGGGUAUAGAUGGCAUGGGAGCAGUUGAUGAAAGAAAACGAGAAGAAAUUUGAUAUCAGAUAGCCUAUUUUGUUCCGUAAAUUAUUUCGCUUGAUUAUGUAAUAAUGAAGAGUUGAUGAUCUCAUUAAAAAGACAUUGUAAUAAAGUAGAGACAAGUGUUAAAGGUCGGGGACAUGAAUGACCUAGACUUUGAUGGGUCAGCCGAGGGGUGGAGAUUACAAGACACUCAUCAUGCCACACACACACACUCUGAUCCAUGUAUAUACCAAAGUGUUACUAGUGCCCGUGCCAGUGACGAGCUGUUGCGACAGAAGGCAAGAUCUCGGUCUGUAGGAGGUGCUGCUGCAAAAGAGUCUUCCACAAGGCCAGUUAAAGUUGCAACACAACAUUCAGUGGGCAACUCAAGUGUACGUCGUCAACGGUCACUGAGACGGACAGAGGAUGAGUUGAUCAAACGAUCGCGGGCACAAUCUGUGAAUUAUGAAUUGUCACAGGAUUUACAAGAUAAACAAGUUGAGAUGCUAGAAAGGCGAUACGGUGGCUCAGUAAAAUCCCGCCGUGCCGCUAAAACUAUACAACGUGCCUAUAGGCAAUAUUGUAUGAAUAAAAAUUUCCAGAAGUUAAGAAAUUCCGUUGCAGAGCGAAGAUUAUCAAAAUUAGGGAGGAGUAAUACAGUGUGGUCUGAUAGAAUAGCUACUGAUGCUCAAUUCACAAUGGGCGCAACUGUGAUCGAAAAUGGGGAUUUAACAAAUAAACAUCACUCUGACUUAUAUGGUAAUGAUUCCAGAAAAAGGUUCACUGAUGCAGAUCCUCAUCGUAUGAAGCAACAAAUGAGUUUUGAUCAAGGUUAUAAUAAAUUUGAUAUGCAAAAAUUGCGCACGUCAAGACGUGAUCGCAAGUUGGAGAGAUGUCGGGAAAUAGACGUUACUGAUAAUGGGCACCCGAUGAAAGAUGGCAGACGUAAAACGGAAGAAAAUAACAAUAGAAAUUCAUGCCCAGAAAUGAAUGAUAGCAGUGCUAGUGACUCUCCACAAGUGACGCCGUACGAAAGUGCAGUAGAUAUACAUAGUUUAGAUUUUGAAACAUUAGUAGAAAGUAAAGGGUCUGAUAUUUUAACAGACAGUUUUCAAAGUGAUGCUAGUCAAGAUAUAAACGUCACAUUGUUAGGUAUGCACAAAGCGUCUGGGACAUCCUUGGCAUCGAGCAAUAUAAGUGCAGAUACGCUAGGCAGUAAUCGUAGUAUUAAUUCAUCGUAUGAAAACUUUAGAACUGUGUCAGAAUCUAGUGAUAGUGCUUCAAUAACUAGUAGUCAAAAUGACAUGAGUAAAGAUGUUUCACCAGAUCGAACGCGAUCACGGGAACAAAAACAUAUGCAAGAACAAACUGUAAAAUAUUUAAUGAAUAGCUCAGAAGUUAAGUACAGAUCACGGAAAGAUUCCGGGCAGGCUCAGAAUAUAAAUGACGCUAAACGACCACCGGUUCCAAGUCGUGCGCCAGAAGCUUCCCCUAUAUGGAAACGUAAAAACGGCAAUUUAAAUGGUUCAACUGGUUCUGUUGGAAAAUUAGAUGUAAAACGAAUGAGUAAUAUAUCAGAAACUAGCGAACCGGACAGUGAGAACCAGUAUUCUAGUUCACCAAGUUCAGAAAAUGUUAGUGCAGAAAACAUUAGUAUAGUUGGUGACAGUUUAAGUUAUCAGAGACGAAUACGUUUGAGUGUAACACCUGAUCAUCCACAUGUCGGACCAAAAACAGCAGACAAACAACGCAAACGUGUAUACAGAAUUGGAUUAAAUUUAUUCAAUAAAAAACCAGAAAAAGGUCUCAGUUUUCUGUGUGAGCAUGGUUUCAUCAACGAGUCGCCAGAGACUGUGGCACGAUUCUUGAUCACACGGAAAGGUCUCAGUAAGCAGAUGAUUGGCGAGUAUUUGGGCAACCUUCAGAACCCCUUUAACAUGGAUGUGCUAUGUUACUUCUCAGAGGAGAUAGAUCUAUCAGGACUGCAGGUUGACAUGGCACUCAGGAAAUUCCAGUCUUACUUCAGAAUGCCCGGUGAAGCACAGAAGAUUGAGAGAUUGAUGGAGGUAUUUGCAGAAAGGUAUGUUGACUGUAACCCGGACCAAGUAAAGAACUUCAAGAACCAAGAAACUGUGUUAUUGCUCGCUUUUGCGAUCAUCAUGCUGAACACGGACCUCCACAAUGCCAGCAUUAAACAAGAACGAAAAAUGAAGUUGGAAGAUUUUAUCAAAAACCUUAGAGGAAUUGAUGAUGAUGAAGACGUUGACCGUGAUUUAUUAACUGGUAUCUAUGAGCGGGUAAAGGCACAGGAAUUCCGACCAGGAGUUGAUCAUGUGACCCAGGUCAUGAAGGUUGAACAAACUAUUGUUGGGAACAGAAAACCUGCCCUGGCACUACCUCAUCGUAGACUGGUGUGUUACUGUCGAUUGUACCAGGUCCAUGACCCAAACAAGAAAGAAAAGAUUGGGCUCCAUCAAAGAGAAGUCUUUCUCUUCAAUGAUCUUUUACUGGUGACGAAGAUCUUCAGUAAGAAGAAGACCGGUAUAACAUAUUCCUUCAAACAGUCAUUCUCAUUGUGUGAUAUGCAAGUUUACCUCUUUGAAACACCUCAUUAUGCCUUUGGUGUGCGACUGGUCAACAACUUAGAUGGGAAAGUUCACAUAACCUUUAAUGCAAGAAAUGAUCAUGACAGGCAGAAGUUUGUGGAAGAUUUAAAAGAAGCUAUUUUAGAAUGUAAUGGCAUGGAAACAUUACGUAUAGAUGAGCAACAGCGAAACAACCAAGUACAUACUCCACUAGAUCGCCACUAUUCCAAUGAUGACACACGGAUCAACAUGUACGACUACAUGAAGACAUCGGACCCUAACUCUAAUAGGUUGUCUGCCCCUGAUUACAGUGGCUUGAAGCAGUCGUUUCCCUUGUCAAAUUCUCUCACUGACCUUUGUGGAGCUCAGGCAAUGCGUCGAGGUAGCAGUGGUGGUUCACUUGACAGUGGCGUUCAUUCUGGUAGUACAGGAAGUGCCAACAGUACCGAGAUAUCGUUUGGCAGCCAGAGUAGUCAGUCAAGUCUGAUGAAGGGGCUCGCACUCACGGCACCAACCAUGGCCACAACAUCAAAACUGGCAAUGCCUGGACCUGCUCGUAGCAAACCCAGCUCAUCUAAUCUGAAACGACCAGUGCCAGAGGGUACCGAGGUCUGAACUGAACGGAUUAUACAGAAUGCAUAGAACUGAUGUCGUAUUUAGAUUCUGAACACUGAGCUGAGGUGUUUAGAUUCUGAACACUGAGUUGAAGUAAUGUUUAAAUUCUGAAUACUGAGGGGAGGUCGUAUGUAGAUUAAUAUGCACAUAGAAGUAGGGUCGUGUUUAGAUUCUGAAGUUGGUAUAUAAAAAUGACACAUUAGGGUCAAAUAUAGUGUGCAAAAUGCAAGUACUAAGCUGUUUGUUACAAACAUUCAUGUAUUUAUCUAUGGCAUUGUGGAUGUUUGCUCUUUAUACAAACAUACAAGUAUUUAUCUGCGACAUUGUGGCCGCCUGCACGUGAAGAAUCGAUGGGUAACAUCAGAGAUGGCAUGUUUUUCAGGGAGACACAUGGGAACUCGGUUUCAAAGACCAGAAUCUGCAUAUUGGAAUAUAAUGGCUAACAUAAAACAGUGUAAUUAUUCUGUUGAAAUAACUUACGUGUUAAAAUUAAUAAUUGGAGUUAACAAUUAAUAGUGAUGCCCAGAGAAUUAAUAUCUGGUGACAGUCAUUGGAUUUAAAAUGCAUGUGUAAAGUUAGUAGGCCUUUAAUGACAGUCGGUAAUUACAGUUUGAUGAUGUUUUCUCUGUUCGUGAUUUCUGCAUUCUCCUGUUGUCAGGGAAACCAUUGGGUGUAUGAGUUUCAUUUAUGACAGAAGAAUGCUGAAAUAACAGAUGAUAAUAAUAAACUACACAGAAAUUGUCAAUUGUCCACUACUUUGAAGAAGGUCAUUAUUUAUAUGUGACAAAACAUCCCUCAGACAUAAUUAUAAAAGUCAAAAUUACAAUUACAAUUCCAAAACUGAUCAGUUUGAUAAUAUUUAUGUUGUGCUGUUUCUACUGGAAACAAGAUUGAAUUACACAGUACAAGAGUACAGUUUGGGUAACAGUUCAUAUUUAUGCCAUAGGAGGCAUUGUAUAAGAAGUAGUGUGCUCAUAUGCACAAGUGUUACCUCAUUGAUCACACUGUGCAUGCGCUUAUAAUAAUCAAAAUCUGAUUAAAGUAGAACUUUGCAGCAGACGACUAGACCCUGUUGUCUUACUGAUGAUUGGAAUUUUUAAUUGUUCUACAGAAAAAAAUCUUUUCCAAAUAUUCUAAUGUAAGAUCUGAGAGAACAAUCUGUAUUUAACUUGAAACUGUGCAUAUAAAUCAAUGCCUAUUUAACACAUGUAACAUUAAUAUAUAUCUGUCUAAUUAUCCUAGAUAAUUUUAAGAUUUGUGCCAAAAUGCUGGACAUUUUUUUUUGCAAAUCCUGUUCUUAUUGUAUUUGUAAUGUUGUAUAUGCAUUAUAUCAAAUGUGUAAAGAAAUCCUGAAUAUUGUGUCCAGUUAUAUGAUAGCGUAACAACACACAAGCAACGUCACUGAUGUAUUUCUGAUAUGAGCAAUUAUGUAAUCUACUUAAGAAUAGAAUAUACAUGUAUCUUCAGCCACCAUAUCAAAUGCACAAUUUUUACAAUAUAUUGGAUACUACAUACUUUUUUCUUAUAUAUAUUUUUUUCAACAAUUAUACAAUAUUUCUAACAACUGGUUCAUUGUGCUGGAGAAAAAUAAACAUGUACAGAUGGUUUGUUUACUAGAAUGUAGGCAGUUCAUUUUGAUACAACUCUAGUGUUUUUCCUAACAUCCAUACAAUUAUAUUAAAAUUGCAAGAAAUGUGAAAUUUACAAUCAUGGAAAAAAUGGAAACAGAUUGGUUCAUUUGCAUAUACAUUAAAAGAAAGGUAUAUAUGAACGAAAAGAGGAACUCGAGUAAUUAUGCAUCAAAAAGAACUAUUCUGUGUAAGUUUGUUAAAAAAAUUGGUUCACAUUUUGCAUUUAUUCUCUUUCUGUAGAAGUGUGUUAUAAAAUACUUAAUGUAAGGAAAUGUAAUAAUUGUGUUUGUAAUGGCAUAUUUUUUUGUAACAAUAGCCCAGUACUUUUUCCAUUGUAUUAUUUAACAGCAUAUUGUUGUUGGUCACUAAGUGAUAAAUUUCUGUUUGAAUUUGCCACUGUUGCAGUGAAGUUUUUGACAAUGUUAACAUAGACUGCCAAAUGGUUUCUGAACAAAGCCAGAUUGUUUUUCACUGUCACUUUUCCGUCAUGUAGACAUCAACUCAUCCUCACCACAACACAAUUUACAUUACUAACACCAAUUAGGACCAAAUUCCAUGUACAUUGUAUAUUUCUGUGUAAAUAUAUGUCUCACUAAUAUUUAAUAUAAAUUGUGUACAAAACAAAAAAACUAUGUGCAAUCAAUUGUAUAUAUUUAUUUGUGAAUCACCUUGUAAGGUAUACAGCUUAUUGGGUCACCUUGACUUGCCAGGAUAUUGGGCAUGUGUACAUUUUUAUCUUGAUAUAUUUACAUCUCUAAAGCUUGAGCUGUUCAUGAAACAAAGCAUUGUUAGUGUAACAUUAGUCAGAUUGAAAUUAGCUUGAAAACUGAAAUGAGCCGCACCAUGAGAAAACCAACAUUGCGCAUUUGCGACCAGCAUGGAUCCAGACCAGCCUGCACAUCUGCACAGUCUGGUCAGUAUCCAUGCUGUUCACUUUCAAAGCCUAUUGAAAUUAGAGAAACUGUUAGCGAACAGCAUGGAUCCUGACCAGACUGCGCAGAUGCGCAGGCUGGUCUGGAUCCAUGCUGGUCACAAAGCCACUAUGUUGGUUUUCUCAUGGUGUGGCUCAAAUAGUUCUGCAGAUUUGUUCUUAUAUUUGCUUUAAAGUGUAAAGUUUCUACAUUAGAAACUACACCUUGCAGAUUUUAACAGUUCUAAAACUAUAAGAAAGGACACAAAGACGAGAAAUGAAAGGUAUUCCUAAACACAAUUUAAGAUGAGAAAUGUAACAACAGUUGGUAAUUUCUGUUCGAUAUCAUAUUUUUCUCGUGCUAUUUUAGCAUUGAUCAGAGUGUAAUUUAGCUAUGUUGAGCACAUGGCUUUAGGUUCCAGCUGGAAAGUUCCGAAAUAGAAUACCAAAUGGGAUGGGAAUUUCCCGUUGUACAGGUGUACUAAGAACUCCAUAACACAGCAUGGAUAUGUAUGUAGAACAGUUAUUACUGGCCGAGUGUUUUAAGUUUUAUUUGAAAUCAUUACAUAUGCAGUUUUAAUUACAUAUUGAUGUAUAUUGUGUAACCCAAUGAGCUGUAUGUCCUACGUGGUGUUGUUGUUGAUGUGUUAUUGCAGUAGUUAUCAUUUAUACUGUGUCUACAUUUAUUAACUGUUGCUGGUCUAGUAUUGACUUUUUAAGUGUAAAGUAGCGCCAUUUUUUUUUCUUUUUUUGUGUGUGAUACAAAUGUGUAAUCUUAGAUGUACAUACAAAAAUCAUUUUACACAUUUUACCGUUUUCAACUCUAGUUGAAGACUUUAAUUGUAAAAGUAUCUGUUUUAAAGAGACGGAUCAAUAAAUUAUGAAAGAUGAAA